CGGUUGAAAGGCUACUACCACACUGGCACACAGUACCAGCAACAGCACCACCAGCAGCAUCAGCACCAGCAGCAGCAUCAGCAGCACCAACAGAACCAGCAACAGCAGCAACAACAGAACCAGCAGCAGCACCGUCAGCCGCCCGAUCUCGACCAAGAAUGGUUGGAUUUGGCGCAGCUUAGCACCUCAGCGAACUACGCGCGCAGCGGUGGUGGAAGCUAUCUGCAGACCAAUCGUUACGUGUACCAUCACCGUCAUCCUUAUCAUGCGCAGCUCGUGCAGCAACAGCAGCAGCAGCAGCAGCAACAACCGUCCGAGCCGGAUGAGGAGGACGAGUACGACGAUCAGCGCAGCAGAGGGUUUGUCGCGACCGAUCUGACCGCUGGCAAUAGCAGUGCGUCCUCAUCGGGCAGCACCUCCGAUACGUCGCCCCAUAAUAUCUCGUUUUAGGACGCUCUCCAAAGCGCAUGUUGUGAAGAUCGCACACUGGGUAGUGGAUAGGGCAUCACAUACAUACACACGCACAUGCCUCACGAGCAUGCGAUCGGUGACAACCUGAUUGAGAAGGCUCUCCACACGAUGGGGCACCCGAUACACCCGAAAAUGGUUCCGUCCGAACGGAAGCCUAAACGGUUGGACGACUUUUGGAGUGUUUGGCUCAAGUUGACUGAACAGUCGGCAGACGACCUUCACUUGGACGUUGGGUUGCUGUUCUCUUUUUCUCUCUAUCUCUCUGUUUCUCUCUCUCUCGCACGCUCUCCUCACUGGACAUGAGCAUCAAAACGUUGCGUGUCCAGUGAUCAAUGGAUAUUCCCCAGCCAUUUGUACGAUCGUUUUCAGUCUUUCUGAAUGAACUCCGACUCAAAUUCCUCCCGCGUCUAGGGAGUCAUAGCUUCCUCGAUAAGCGGUUGUUUAUCUUGUAGUUUCCAGCGCGUAGUUCUAUUUCGGCGAGCAAUUUUUGUUUGCCUGUAUACCAAUUCCGAUUCCUCCGGCAGGCAAUAAAUCCGGAUAGGAGUCUCCAACGAAAACAACCAACAGCCAAACAAAAAAACCUAACCUUUCAUGUCCUCUGAAAUCGAUUUUCGAGUGCCGCUGCCCAAACCGAAGAGUGUCCACAGCUAACCAAACGUUGCCCAAGUGUGUGCACUUGAGGCGGAAUUUCGUUCACCCACGGGGUCGUUGUGUGUGCGCACGCGUUCCGCGUGUAGUUUCUUUUGCUUUAUGGUAAUUGUCGUUAACCCGAAGGUGGGGUCUAAUUUGUACGCCACUGUAAGGUAGAAGAGUGUGGUUUUUUCAACUGGUUGCUUUCGGAGCGCUUCUCUUUUUGGAGGUUUUUUUUUGGUCAGGUUCGGAGGUUGUACGCGGUAGCGGCACUCGAGAUGCGAAGUCUUGUGAGUGAGUGAGUCGCUUUAAACGCACGCACGUCGCAAGUUGAACCGAUGACCUCAAUCGGCAGAUCGAUAGGAAACGAUGAGAGGAAAGGGAGGAAGUACUAUCGGACGUUGCAUGGCAGGCCUCUGGAUAAUAUGUCAUACACACAACGAGUGAAUGAUACGCUUUAGAGCGAGGGGGUUGCUUUUUACCAAACUGCCAACAAGUCGUCCACCAAAGAAAUAACGUGUAACAGAGGUGGAAUUGUUUCCGAAUGCGUCGGACACGUGUACAGCUCAUUGAAUUCUUGAAUUAAUAAGCCUUUCUUCAACUUGGAACCCGGAUGAGAUGACGAGAGAGUGAUAGAAUGUGUCAAAAGUGUAAGAGUGUUGUCCGCUCUACUCAAACACUCACACACACCGAAUACUGCAACAUAAAAUUGAGAGCAGGAGUUGUGGGGAGACGAGGGGGACUUUGCAGGGCACUUUUUACCGCCCUUGAGAGUGACAGCUUGUGUCAAUAGUUGAGGUACGGUCCGAAAAAAAGUUCAAUUUAACUUGCCCAGAUUGAUGCUGAUGGGCUUUUGAUUUACUUUGGACGCUGGUGGUAGCGGUACCGAUUCAUCCAUCCACAUGGCCGAAUGGUUUGGGCGGUUCCGUUUGGCAGGUUUGCGAAAAAGUUUUGCGGGAAGCGCGCGGGGAGAGUAGAAUUUUAAUGGAUUCAAUUUCGAAAUUGAAAAUUAAUCAUAGAUGAACGUCUCGUGUUUGCAAAUGGGUAUACCUUCGGGCGGCGGGCGGCUUUAGGAUGAUUCGGAUACAUUUUUGAUGAGUUUUAUUCGGCGAGGUUUGAUGGAGUGGACCUCACUAUGUGGUCCAUGACCUCACGGCAAAAGUUUUAUAAAAGAGAAAUAGAGAAAGAGCUGAACCGAGAGAGUGAGAAGGAUCUACAUACAGAGAAAUCGAACUUUAGUAGUCACAAAAAAAUGCAUCAUCACCAUCACCACCAGCGUACCGUGUGAUGCAGGUGUGAAUUCCUAAAUGUGGCCGGCGUCUUCCGUUCGGCCGUUGGAGACGACUCGCUUUUUUGGUCGAAAAUCGGCCCUUGCUAUUUAGCUGCCGUAUGCUAACGAGCAGCUUCACCGAAAUCUCGUAUGCCACGCCGUAGAAAGGCUUUGCAGUCACAUGAGAGACUCGUCUGAUACCUGUUCGGUGCGUUCCAGUGAAAAUUACGGUACUCGGUACAACUUCUUGCGCUUAGUUUCGAUGGUGAUCGCGUGUGUGUGCGUGUGUGUUUUGUGUGGAGCAAUGCGUUGGAAAGUCAGUUUGAAGCACUAAAGCAACAACAUGUUCAACAGUAAAGCUGCGAUGAGAAGGUUACGGUUAUGAAUGAAAGUUACGGUACACGAAAAGGUUUCAAAACAUUAAGGGAACAGAGGGCUAGAACCCGCCGCUGGUUGGCGUGUUGCAGCGUUCGAUUGAACAAUUACUCGAAAUGGAAGCAACCAGUCCACACAAAACUCCAAACUCUGCUAAUAUCGUCUUCGCAAGCACGCUCCAAAAGGCGAGAUGUGGUACAGUAGGCUAAUAAUCCCGGUUAAUAAUAACAACUUCCCACGCAGCAGAAAGACGUGUGUGAACUCGUGAAGCAAAAACACGAAACGUAAUGUGCAAUUAAUCUCUUCGCAAUGGCAAAAAAUGAAACCCAGCAGCAACAGAAGCAGCAGAAGAAACUACAUUUUAUCGUAAAUUGAAUAUGGAGGUUAUUGAUAUGUUUAUUUUUUUUAUACCGCUACCUUUUAAGUUUGCUAUCGUAACCGUGAAACCAUAGUUAGAUAUUUUGUUCUUUUUAAGCUUAAUUUAGCUGUCCAUUUUCCCUGUCCCCGGUGGUCCUUAUUUCUUCGUGCAUUUUAAAACGAAUUUCCAAUCGUACCUACAGUUCACUAGUAAACACAAAACAAUAGUAAAGCCAAUUGUAUAACCUUUUAAACUUACACAUUCCUAUUGCGAAGAAAUACGGUCCGAUGCGAAUGCAAUGAAAAUCCCAAACAAAGCCACUCACACCCAUUCCAGUAUGUAUAGAUUAGGGCAGAAGGGGGGAAAAACCCGCAUUAUGAAAACAGGAAUCAACAUUGUACGUUUUAAGCAAUUUUAAAGAAUCUUUGUACAUAUUUAUGAUAUUUUUCUCAUUCGAGCUAAGGUGAUACCGUCAAACUCGUUGUUUAACCGCAACGCAAAAUCAAACGCGUGUAGAAAAUACAUAGUAACAUUCCUUUCGUACGUACGGCCUGGAGCAAAGAAUUGUAGCUAAAAUCGGAACCGGAAAAAUCAGCUCCGAGCUCAGAAGAUACGCAUGACGAGCGAGUACUACAUCAAAGCGAUUGUAGAGCGUCAUAGCCAAUGGAAUAGCAGAAACAAACGGACUAAUGAGCAGCAACACAGCAAAACACGGAUGUAUGUAAGUGAAAAAAAGGAAGAUGAAAUACCCGAGCCGUCACUUGUUCCCCGGGGGCGAUACGAUUAGCUAUUAGUGGUAGUAGUAGUAGUAGUAGUAGCGCGUGUAAAGCAUAAUGCGCGCCCAGGCACACUGUCUCCAACUCCAUGCAGGUUGUCUGCUGUGAAAAUGUUCGAAAUUGCAGGCCAUUUUGUUAAUAGCUUUUAGUUAGUAGGUAUACUAUCCCCAUUUGUCCGCUCGGUUUAGUACUUCGCGACAGGAAAGACGGAAAGUCGCGCUCGGAAAGCGUAGGAAAAAUAGGACGACCAGCAAUGAACGAUUGGAACGACGGGAUUGCGUGAAAGACAAAAAGGGUCACGCACUGUUCCAUCCAUGAUUGAACAAUGGGGAUAUGAUUUAAGUUGUAAAAAGGAAAAUAAGAAAGUAUCUCCCUCUAUAGAAGCAUUAGGGAAAGCAAAUGACCAUUCCGAACAACGGGCGGCAAACGGGGGCAAAUUGGAGCUGAAUACAAUUUCAAAGAAAACUGUGAACUUUAGUGGCAUUUUUUGCAUUCCAAAAACACAGCGAGGAAGAAAAACGAUGCAGUACGGGGAGGCACAGGCAGAGAAAAAUCUAAAAACAAAAUCGAUAAUAAUAAUAAUAAAAAGUGAUUUAAAAAUAAUAUAA